AUGACCCAUUCUUCAGCUAGCCAGUUGGCGGAAAAGCUUCGCGCCCUUGUUUCGGGUGUCUUGAAGCUGUCGCUUAAGUGGCUCUCCUCGCACGUCGGCGUCGAGGGCAGCGAGGAGGCUGAUGACCUGGUAAAGGCAGUACACCAUGCUACUGUACCACUCAGCACCACUUUAAGGGUCUUCAACUAUGCAAGGCACACGUUGCAGCCAAGUCUGAUGGUGCUCCACCUGGAUCGCUUCCGUGAUGGCUUUCACACAGGUAAGGGGCACAGAAGGAAAAAUCCUCUGGAACCAUGGCAACGCCGAGAGCUCGUGGUGCGAAGUCCAAGCCUGGUGCGUGGAUACUGGGGGAGACUGCACGAGCCCAUCACCGACGAAAAAGGCUGGUACAGCACAGAUGACCUGUGCUACUACGACAAAGACAGCUGGCUGUACCUAGUUGCGCGGCUGAACGACUACUUCUGCAUCCGUGGGUGCAAGUAUUGGCCAGCUGAAGUCGAUGCCAUGCUGCUCAAGUGUCCAGGGGUUCAUUACUGCGCCGUCGUUGGAAUACCACAUCUUGAAGCUGGAGAAGUGGCGCACGCUAUGGUUGUGCCCGCGCCACAAGCAAGAACACUGAGAGCUGAACACGUCACUCAAUUUGUGGAAGGUUAGCAUUUCCUAUUUUAGUUCUUGUUCUUCUUUCAAGCUUACUGCGUGCGACGUCCUCAUUAUAUAGAAAGUUCUCUGGUUGGUUUCUGGCAGCCUUACCUUAACUUCACAGGCCAGCGUAAAUGCCUCAUCAGCUUUAAAAGUUAGCGGUUUGAGCUUGUUGGUAUGUAUAAUUGGCGAGAUUAGAGAGGAAAUACGGGAAAGGACGAGUACACAACGUGGCAGACGACGACAAGCCCUAACUUCCAUCUGGGAUGCAUGGUGCCAGAACACGCAAAUAAGUAGAAGACGAACGAAAAACACGUGAUCGACCACGAAUGUCGCUAAUAAAAACCAGCAGAAGAGGCACUAUCGCAAGGUGCAUGCGUUGGCACUUCCCAGAAAGCUGAUUUCUUUGCAACAAAGAGACACAGACUGCUAGCUUGCAGAUAAGCCGCGCGGGCGUGUCAUCUGAGCAGCUUCAACGAUGAUGCGAGUGCACGAUCAUACCAGUGUUGGUACAAUAUUUGCGUUUUUUCGAAAACUGCAGCGUUGUGCAAGAAAGUCAUAUUUUCCAAUGCGGAAAUUAUUCACGCGUUCUCGUAGGCGGCCUUUCCGACACCUGCCGGUC